AUGAAUCCUCACAUAUCGGUUCCCCGCCAGCAUGCCAGUCCGUCUAACUUCGGCGGCACACCUGCAAGCCGUGGAUCUAGCAUCCGGAUGCCGCGUUUUUUCAAAAGGAUGUUCAAGUUUCCACAGAUGGACUUUGAAAUGGCUAUAUGGGAGAUGACAUCACUGCUAAUCGCUCCUAAGAAAGUUUUCAAAUCCAUCUACUACCAUGUGAAAACCAAGAAUACCUGGCAUCGGCCUGAUCCCUCUUUCACAUACCUACUUUCCUUCUUCUUGCUCCUCACAGCCCUCGCGUGGGGUCUCGCAUAUGCACCGUCUUUCGGGGCUAUUGUCCGCCUGUCUCUACUGUUCAUCUUUCUCCAUUUCAUCGGGUCCUCACUGCUGGUGUCAACAAUAGGAUACUUUGCCAUCGGGCGACUUUUCGGUCCAGAUGGAGCGGCAUCCUCCUUCUCUGGGUUGCGAGGCGGACGUGGACGGAGACGUGGUGCAGCACAAGGCUUGUUCGUGCAACCGGGUGAAAAGGAUCAAUUGGAAUUUGGAUAUUGCUUUGAUGUAUCUAACCGGGCAUUCUUCCCUCUCUACCUUCACCUGUAUGUCGUUCAGUUCCUUCUCCUGCCGCUUCUAACGCGCAGUCCGAGCAAUUUUCUCGCCACGUUCCUCGGGAACACGCUCUAUCUUUCCGCCUUGGCCUAUUACACAUACAUUACCUUCUUGGGGUACAAUGCCCUUCCGUUCUUGCAUAAUACUGAAUUGCUCUUGCUCCCCAUCCUCGCGUUCGCGAUUCUGUGGCUUGUGAGUUUAAUCGCGGGAUGGGGCAUUGUAGCGCAAGGAGGUAGCGUGGAAGGGCUUUUCUGGGGCGCCUAA